GCACAGGGCUCGCGGUAAACUCUUUGAGAGAGGAGCACAUCAUCCAGAGCUUGUUUAAGGUGGGUGUGACGCACAACAUCUUUACAACAGAAGAAGUACACGAGGAUUUUUUGUUUUUCGGCCGUGCUCCCUGGUAAAAUCGACCUGCAGCGCAGUCUUUAAGAUGGCAACCUCCCAAGAUAUUGUGAUCAAGGAGCUCGACAAGAGGGCCUCUGGCCAAGCCUUUGAGGUCAUCCUGGGUACUCCUGCCCCAGAUGCCAAGGCUGAAUUCCCCCUGUCUCCUCCCAAGAAGAAGGAUGUGUCGCUGGAGGAAAUUCAGAGGAAGCUGGAUGCCGCAGAGGAGAGACGCAAGAACCAUGAAGCUGAAGUGCUGAGGCACUUGGCUGAGAAGCGCGAGCAUGAAAAGGAAGUGCUCCAGAAAGCCAUGGAGGAGAACAACAACUUCAGUAAGAUGGCCGAGGACAAGCUCAACCAGAAGAUGGAGGCCAACAAAGAGAACCGCACGGCACUUAUGGCGGCGAUGAAUGAGAAAUUCAAGGAGAAGGACAAGAAGUUGGAAGAGGUGCGCAAGAACAAGGAAACCAAAGAUGGCUCUGAAGACUGAAGGCUGCGGAUGGGGGCUUGUACAGGGUUUUUUACGUAUCCAAAGAUUGAUUUAUUUUUUGUUCGACCAGUAUUUUUGCUGUGUUCACUACCCACCUUUUUGAAAUAAAUCCCAAGUUAUACUCUGUGAAUUUAUCCUGCUAUAAGUGUACUUGCGCUGGUUUUACAUGUGGAUCAUUUCCCCCACUUGAGUCCGUUCCAUUUGAUAUGUAGCUUUGUCAGUGCAGCUUCUGCCCGCUUUGGAAAUUAGCAGUGUGUACUUAUCCUGUUCUUUUUGAGGAAGCAUGUUUCUAUGCAUAGGUCUUUAAUCCCUGCCUAUUUCAUAGUGAGUUUUGAGAUAAAAUGUUCAUGUGAACCACACCUGUUCUUGGCACUUACUGUAUAUUAAAAUAAAAAAGUAGCACAAGUUUUGACCAAGGCGUCGGCUGUUAUACGUUUCGUGCGGCUUUGCUACCCAGAUUCUGCCAGUUUGCUCCUGCUGAUUCUUUGCUUUUGUAAAACUAUUGGGUUGUCUUCAACGCACAUGGCUUCUUGCUGUACAGGUGUGAAUUAACAUGCCAGACAUGGAGAUGGAUGCCACCUUGAACAUCACUUAGCGGUGGUCUACACAUGGAAUGCAAACGAGCAAUACACUUUGGCAUCUCGGUAGAUACAGUGGCUAGUUGACUUGAACUGUUGUACUAAAACAAAUAAAAAUGUAAACUCAC